CCUACUGGUGAUGAACGUAGUGCUGAAGCGUACAUCAGUCCGGAACGUGUGCCUGGUGGGCAGUGUGCUACAGUUUCUGGGCAUGUCCCUGAGUAGUCUGGCCACAGAGGCGUCACAUCUCAUCGCCACUCAGGGACUCCUCUACGGCUGCGGCCACGCCCUGUUGUACUGUCCAGUCCUGGUCAUCCUGAGCCAGUACUUUGACAAGAAGCGUCCUAUCGCCACCGUCAUCUCUACGUGCGGGACCAGCGCCGGCGGUAUCGUCUUCCCAAUCAUCACUCGAUACCUGGUGGAGGAGUACGGGCUGAGAGGCGCGCUGCUCCUUCUGGCUUGCUUCAGCCUACAGCAAGCCACGUUUGUUGCUUUAAUCACGCCACCAAGUGACUACUACUUCGCAGAAAGCUUGUCUAAAAACGAAGAAGAGACGGUGGCUGUAAUAGAUGAGGAGGAUAUUCUUGAGAAGAUCCCUCUAGACGAGAAUUUUGUUGUAUGUUCUAUUAAAGAAUGCGAUAGCCGUGAUGUAGAGAGGACGGAUCUUCCCCUUCUUAACGGUCGUCUUGAUGAGAGCAGUGAUGCUGUUCUCGAAAGUGGUAUGUUUGAUGAUGUCAACGAAAACGAUGUGAAGGGCGUUCUUUGCCUCAACUCCCACACAGACAACCUUUUAGAUAGACAGCUCAGCUCCUCAAUACACAGUCGUCAGUUCGGAUCUCUGCCGAACAAAACGGAUGUCCUCUCUCUGACAACUCAAAACAACGCGGAGAACGGCAAACAUACUAUAGAAAACGGCUUAUCUUAUGAGAGAACAGACGCGGGGCAUCAGAAAAACGGUAAGCUUACUAUAAACGGCCAAACACACGAACUGGCACACAAUGAACAGUCUCACGAGUCUAGGUCACAUAAGACGCAUUCACACAACGGCCCCUUGUUACCCUCUACUCGAAACAUAAUAGCAUCAUCCACCAGCCGCUUGAGAUCCGAGUCGGAAUCCUCCAGAGCAAACAAUAACAAUCUACCCCACUCCCUGAAGAUGUCGCUUGACCAGCCUGUAGGGUCCCUGGGCUCCUCGCAAAGACUGACCCUACACGAGAGCGCGCUGCACGCCAGCAGUAUUGACCUGUACAGCAGCCUACACAGCCUGGCUCUCUCGGACAGUGGUCAGCAGGUGUCCAGCCCCGCCCACCCUCACAGACGGCGCUCUCAACAGCAGGAGGUAGAGCUUCCGCUCCACAGCGUUUCUGAUGGUCAACUUGACCAGUCCACAUCCAGAUGUCAUUGCAUGUGUCCAGACAUGGCCGGAACCUGGUCUUUCUGGGUGAUUACGGUCUUCUUUGUGUGCGGGGGCGUGGCUUCUGGCCUGCCCAGUGUGUUCCUCCCGCCUCUGGCAGUAGAGAAAGGAUUAGGGGAGGAUCAGGCCGCUCUCUUGCUUACUGUCUCUGCUGCGGCGGAUAUAGUGGGGCGGGUGGUUCCUGGGCUGAUCCUCCACCUGGGCUUCAUGCGUCCCUCUACGGUACUGAUGGCUCCCCUGUUUGUGUGCGGCACGCUGUACCACUUCACCAGCUUUCUCUCUGACCUCCCCUCCCUCAUGGCGUUAGCUGCUCUCAACGGACUCUUUACAGCCACUUUCUGGGCCAUGCAGGGAUAA